UGGAGGAGGGGCUAGGGCAAUGAAUCAUGGGUAGUAUAGUAUGUUUACUAUAAUUGGCUGAUAUAAAGUGUGGAGGGAAAGCUGUCUGGCUGUGGCUCAUGUCUUGCAGCCCUAGUGAUUUUUCAAGAGUUUUAUUUUGUGAAAUGCAGAUAGUUACACAAUGUGAUGAUAUAUUUAACAUACUCAUUACUUUAAUUCACUUAUUCAGGGUUUCUGGCCAUAUCUCAGUGUGUUACAACUUGGGUUCAUUGUAUUUCCUUUAAUUUGUCAGUUCCUAGAAAAGAGGCGUCAAACCUGUGGAAAUCUUCCAUUAUAUAUAAUAUAUCAGAAAGCUGUAGUUCAGCAACUACUGGAGAUGGCCAGUUGGGUGGAUAAAUAUCCCAACAAUUGAGGUGCAGCGAUGACCAGACCAGUACAUUAAUAGGGUUGCCACCUUUUCUGGAAAAAAAAUACCAGCCUUCCUAUAUAUUUAUCUUUUUUCCCUAUUAAUAACAUCGGGAUCAGCCAUCAUAUUUACCAUCCAGGCCAGUAAAAUACUGGCCAAGUGGCAACCCUAUACAUUAAUGAAGUGGUUCCAAGUACAUAGAUGGUUCUGCAGUGUUCAGUCCAGAAGAGCUUUGGAGAAGCUGCACUUCACACAGACCCAAAAAUUCUUAUCCUGGUGCCCAGCGAUCAGCCACCUCACAACAAGGAUUCUUUUCCGGGUGCUCACUUUUGCACUGAAUGCAUUUACUUUGCGGUAUGUCUCAAAGGAGAUCAUUGGCAUCGUUAAUGUCCGGCUGACCCUGUUUUACACUACAGUGGUAUUUCUUGCCCGGGAGGCUUUUCGGAGAGCCUGUCUCAGUCACUCUGCGCAACAAAGCUGGAGGCACACCAUACACCUAACCUGGCUGGCGGUACCCCUGGGCAUUUGCUGGUCCCUUACUUUGGGAUGGCUAUGGCUGCAUAUUUUGGAAGUUCCAGAACCAGAACUUAUCCCCCACUAUAAUAUUGGUGUCUGGGCAUUUGGAUUUUCUGCAGUGGUGGAGCUUUUAGCUGAACCAUUCUGGGUCCUUGCCCAAGCUCAUCUGUUUGUCAGACUAAAGGUAGUUGCAGAGAGUCUUGCAAUAAUCAUCCGCUGCUCUGUCACGGUCAUCCUGGUGCUUUUAUGUCCCCAGUGGGGUCUUCUAAUCUUUUCUCUGGCUCAGAUCCUGUAUACCAGUGUCCUUGCCUUGAGUUAUGUAGUGUACUUUGCAAGAUUCCUGGGUUCCCCGGAAGCAGAGAAAAAACCCUUUCCACUCCGUAGGAUGAUUGACUUCUUGCCCAGAUUCUCAUCUUCCCAGGAAUUCUUAGACUGGAAACAGGCCUGGCUGGCAUGGAGCUUCUUCAAACAAUCAUUCCUAAAGCAGAUCCUAACUGAAGGUGAACGAUAUGUGAUGACUUUCCUGAACGUGCUGUCGUUUGGGGAUCAGGGCGUGUACGACAUUGUCAAUAAUCUGGGCUCACUCGUAGCUCGCUUCAUCUUCCUGCCAAUUGAGGAGAGCUUCUAUGUGUUUUUUGCUAAGGUCCUGGAACGGGGGAAGAAAGUCACAAAUCAAAGAAAGGAGGAGAUUUCCACUGCAUCUGAAGUGCUGGAAUCACUACUGAAACUGGUGACGCUUAUUGGUCUGGUUAUCGUUGCAUUUGGAUAUGCGUAUUCCCAACUGGCACUGGAUAUAUACGGUGGAUCCAUGUUAAGCGGGGGUUCUGGUCCUGUCCUGUUGCGCUGCUACUGUCUGUACGUUCUCCUGCUUGCUAUCAAUGGAGUCACCGAAUGCUUUACAUUUGCUUCUAUGAGCAAAGAAGAUGUGGACAGGUAUAAUUACGUCAUGCUUGGUUUGUCUGUGAGUUUUCUGUGCUUGUCCUACUACAUGACCCUCUGGCUGGGCAGUGUAGGCUUCAUUCUAGCAAACUGCUUCAAUAUGGGACUGCGGAUCACCCACAGUUUACUCUACAUUGUGAAGUAUUAUAAAGGGAGCCCUUACCAGCCACUCACUGGCCUCCUGCCAUCCCCUGUGGUUGUCAGUGUCCUGGCUGUCAGUGCUGCACUGACUGGCUACUCAGAGGUCUCCCUGUGUUGUGACAAGGGAUGGAUACUCCGACUGGGGCACAUUAUGGUAGGAGGACUCUGUUUCUUGGUCACACUCGGUGUUGUCGUCUUGUCGGAAAAUAAACUGACACACUUCAUUCGCAGCCAUCUCUUAUCCAGACAUCAGAGGAAAGAGCAGUGAUGUGACACAAACUGGACAUCUUUCCUGGACCUCCUCCUGUGGACUAUGUUAUCUGUACCCACCAGAUAUGUACCUCACCAUGAGUAUGGAGAAUGUCAAAGAAAAGGACCUAAACUGCUACUACUGCUGGAUGCUUUGCAUUAUUUUGGCACUGGAAGUUGGUGAAAUGACAUUUUGGACCCUUUGUAGUGCAGAAGGAAUUGGUGUAAUUGGCAUAUGUUAACUGAUUUUUGUUUUAGUUUAUCAACAUUUAUGUAUGUUAAAGGAGAACUAAAGCUAAACUAAAGAAGUAAGAUAGAAAUGUUGUAAAUUAUGUUUUUAGGUUCUGCACCAGCCCAAGGCAAUCAUGGCCC